CAUUUCUGCGAUGGGAAAAAAGUGAUGAUGGAGUACAUCGGAGCGACAGGCAUUCCAGUCACCUUCGACAGCGUCCCGAUCUUCGAUGAUAUCGAUUUCCAUUUCAUCCUUAGCUUCGCCAUCGACGCAGAUCCCUCCGGCAAUCCUCAAAAUGGGAAAUUCUCCAACUAUUGGGAGCCCUCACUGACCCCAGAAUCAGUUGCAGCCAUUAAAGCCGAACACCCGAACGUCAAAGCCCUAGCGAGCCUCUCGGGUUGGAGCCUCGGUGACACCGUCCUCCGAUGGCAAAACCCUCGAAACCCUAAUCUCUGGAUCACCAAUGCCUUCUCCACUCUCAAAGCUCUUGUCAUCAAAUACCAUCUCGACGGCAUCGACAUCGACUACGAAAACUUCCCAAAACACGGCUCAAACUUCGCCUUCUGCAUCGGUGAGCUCAUAACCCUACUUAAGAACCAAAGCGUCAUCUCCGUAGCCACAAUUGCGCCGUAUUACUCGACGGUUUCACCUUACUUGGAGCUCUACCAUGGCUAUGGGGAGGUGAUUGAUUAUGUCAACUACCAAUUUUAUACCGACAAAGUGAGAACGGCUAAGGCUUACUUGAAGAGAUUUGAGGUUAGAGCUAAGGAGUUUGGAGAAGGGAAGUUGCUACCAAGCUAUGAGGUGAAUGGAAGAGGGAUUCAAGGGGAUGCCUUUUUUGAAGCUUUGAAUUUGUUGAAUGAAAAUGGAUUUGAUAUCAAUGGAGUCAUGAUCUUCUCUGCGGAUGCUUCCCUCUCCAAUGGCUUCCAUUUCGAAACGAGAUCUCAACAGUUCUUGCUCAACUCGACCGUCUCGUGA